CUCAGUCUCCAAGUCCUCCCCCUCAUCAUACACAUCAUCUCUAUACACUGUCUCCUUCUCCUCCUCCUCCACAAACCCAUCUGAAGGCUCCAGUCUCUCGGCCUCUCUACCUCUUCUCUCCCUCGCCGUCCAAACUCCACGUCUGUCAGUUUCCUGUAGCUACGUCCUCCACUGACCACUAGAGUUGGUCGAAGUAUUUCCUCCACGCCACCACUGGGGUACUGGUAGCUGAUGGUAGUACCACAACUGGCUGACUCUCUUCUCUUUCUCUUCUCUACACUACUCGACAUCUUGGCUGUAGUGCGCAUGCGCGUCGCGCGCGAGAAAGAGCUCAAAACGUGCAUCAUGGAUGUUCUGGAAGUGGAAGGAUUCGAGACGAAGCGAAAACGUAUCUUGGGAGCUGUCAAAAGUUUGGAGAAGUUUGCUGGACGUGUGCUCUACUGGAUGUCCAGGGAUCAGCGGGUACAAGGUAAAGUCAGACGGGUUCGAUAUAGCUAUAGCUACAAUGUUGCAGAUAACUGGGCUUUGGUGUACAGUCAAAAGCUGGCUCUGAAACACCGCGUGCCUCUACUGGUGUGUUUCUGUCUUGUAACAAGAUUUCUUGAUGCAACCAUAAGACAAUUCAACUUCAUGUUGGAAGGUCUCAAAGAAGUAGAGAAGGGUCUUCAGCAGCAGAGGAUUUCAUUCUGUCUGCUCCUGGGCCAGGCCCCAGAGCUGGUCCCUUCUCUGGUGACCCAGCACCAGGUGUCUGCUGUUGUGUGUGAUUUCUCUCCACUGAGGCUCCCCUCUCUCUGGGUGGAUGGAGUGACUGGGAGUCUGGACAAGUUGGCAGUCCCACUGGUGCAGGUGGAUGCUCACAAUGUCGUGCCUUGCUGGGUGACCUCAGACAAGCAGGAGUACGCAGCACGCACAAUACGUGGCAAGAUCACAAGGCAGCUGUCAACAUACCUGGUGGAGUUCCCAGUCGUAACUGAGCAUCCCCAUCCUCUGCCUGGGGGCCUUCUCCCAGUGGACUGGGAGAAGGCCUACUCCACUCUUCAGGUGGACACUAGUGUUCCCCCAGUCUCCUGGGCCACCCCUGGCACAAAGGCUGGCAUGAGAGUUCUGGAGGAAUUUUGCAGAAAGAGAUUGGCACUCUAUGACCCCAAGAGAAACGAUCCAAAUGAAGAUGCUCUGAGCAACCUCUCGCCAUGGCUGCAUUUCGGUCAAGUGAGUGCUCAGCGAGCAGCUCUGAGUGUGCGUCAGGCUAAAACUGCCAGGAACAAGGCAUCUGUUGAGGCAUUCCUGGAGGAGGCAAUAGUUCGCAGGGAGCUAGGUGACAAUUUCUGCUUAUACAACAAGAACUACGACAGCAUCCAGGGGGCGCCUCAGUGGGCGCGGGGCACUCUGAGACACCACGAGGGAGACGAGGGAGAAGAUCUACUCAGAGAUAGAGUUUGAAGAGGCCAAAACGCACGACACUCUCUGGAACGCAGCUCAGCUCCAGAUGGUACGUGAGGGAAAGAUGCAUGGAUUUCUGAGGAUGUACUGGGCCAAGAAGAUCCUGGAGUGGUCUGCCUCGC